CCGCCACCCCCUGGGGGCAGGCGGGACGCACUGGCGGGCGUAGGUGGCGCGGGCAGCAGGUGGAGCGGCUUCAAGAAACGGAAGCAAGUGCUGGACCGCGUCUUCUCCUCCUCCCAGCCCAACCUGUGCUGCUCCUCGCCGGAGGCUCUCGAGCCCGGGGGCCCCGGCAGAGCCGAGCAAGGGUCAACGCUGCGCCGCCGGAUCCGCGAGCAUCUGCUCCCCGCUGGAAAGGGGCCGGUAGCGGCCCCAGGAGCAGGCGGAGUGACGCCUCCUGGCGGACGCUCCCCAGACUCAGCUCCCUCUUCGUCCUCUGCUUCAUCCUCUCUGUCUUCCUCGCCCCAACCACCCCCGAGAGGGGACCGCGCCAAAGAUGAGGGUGCACGGCGUCGGGGCCCUGCAGCGCACUUGUGCCAUCAGAAGAGUUCUUCCCUGCCCGGCACCGCCUGCCUGGAGCAGCUGCUGGAGCCGCCGCCGCCUCCCGCAGAGCCAGCUCGGAGCCCUGUGGAGCCACAGACCGCUGAGAAGGGCGAGGAGCGGGGCAGCAGCCCGAAAAUAAAUACUUCUGGAACCAGUAAUGCAGAUGUCCCUUUGGCUGAUCCCGGAAUGUACCAAUUGGAUAUUACAUUAAGAAGGGGUCAAAGUUUAGCUGCCCGAGAUCGAGGAGGGACAAGUGAUCCAUAUGUGAAGUUUAAAAUUGGAGGAAAAGAAGUUUUUAGAAGUAAAAUAAUAUACAAGAACCUCAAUCCUGUGUGGGAGGAGAAAGCUUGCAUUCUUGUUGAUCAUCUUAGAGAGCCAUUGUAUGUAAAGGUAUUUGACUAUGAUUUUGGACUACAAGAUGACUUUAUGGGUUCAGCCUUUCUGGAUCUCACACAAUUGGAGUUAAACAGUAUUUUAUAUUACAGGCCCAUGGAUGUGACUCUAACACUGAAAGAUCCCCAUUAUCCUGACCAUGAUCUUGGAGUCAUUUUGCUCUCAGUGGUCCUUACCCCUAAGGAAGGAGAACACAAGGAUGUGACAAUGCUAAUGAGGAAGAGUUGGAAAAGAUCAAGUAAGGAAUUCUCAGAAAAUGAAGUGGUUGGAUUUUAUUUCUCUGUGAAGUCUUUCUUUUGGAGGACGUGCAGCAGGCCUGCUUUUCCUGUCCUGGGCUUCUGCAGAGCAGAGCUUCAGAGUGCUUAUUUCCAAAAUGCACAAUUUCAGACCCAAAGUUUACGUCUGUCAGACGUACACAGAAAAUCACAUCUUUGGCGCGGAAUAGUCAGUAUUACACUGAUUGAAGGGCGAGACCUCAAGGCAAUGGAUUCAAAUGGGUUGAGUGACCCCUAUGUGAAGUUCCGGCUUGGGCAUCAGAAGUACAAGAGCAAGAUUAUGCCCAAAACUUUGAAUCCUCAGUGGAGGGAACAAUUUGAUUUUCAUCUCUAUGAAGAAAGAGGCGGAAUCAUUGAUAUCACUGCAUGGGACAAAGAUGCUGGGAAAAGGGAUGAUUUUAUUGGCAGGUGCCAGGUUGACCUGUCAGCCCUCAGUAGGGAACAGACACACAAGUUGGAAUUGCAGCUGGAAGAGGGUGAGGGACACCUGGUGCUUCUGGUCACCCUGACAGCUUCGGCCACAGUCAGUAUCUCUGACCUCUCCGUCAACUCCCUGGAGGACCAAAAAGAACGGGAGGAAAUAUUAAAGAGAUAUAGCCCAUUGCGGAUAUUUCACAACCUGAAAGAUGUAGGAUUUCUCCAGGUGAAAGUAAUCAGAGCAGAAGGAUUAAUGGCUGCCGAUGUCACAGGUAAAAGUGACCCAUUUUGUGUAGUUGAACUGAACAACGAUAGACUGCUAACACAUACUGUCUACAAAAAUCUCAAUCCUGACUGGAACAAAGUCUUCACAUUCAACAUUAAAGAUAUCCAUUCAGUUCUUGAAGUGACAGUUUAUGAUGAAGAUCGAGAUCGAAGUGCUGACUUUCUGGGCAAAGUUGCUAUACCAUUGCUGUCUAUUCAAAAUGGUGAACAGAAAGCCUACGUCUUGAAAAACAAGCAGCUGACAGGGCCAACAAAGGGGGUCAUCUAUCUUGAAAUAGAUGUGAUUUUUAAUGCUGUGAAAGCCAGCUUACGAACAUUAAUACCCAAAGAACAGAAGUACAUUGAAGAGGAAAACAGACUCUCUAAACAGCUGCUACUAAGAAACUUUAUCAGGACUAAGCGUUGUGUCAUGGUGCUCGUAAAUGCUGCAUACUACGUUAACAGUUGCUUUGAUUGGGACUCGCCCCCAAGGAGCCUUGCUGCCUUUGUGCUCUUUCUCUUUGUUGUCUGGAACUUUGAGCUCUACAUGAUACCACUGGUUUUGUUGUUACUAUUGACAUGGAACUACUUCUUGAUAAUAUCAGGGAAAGAUAACAGGCAACGUGAUACAGUAGUGGAGGACAUGCUAGAGGAUGAGGAAGAAGAAGAUGACAAAGAUGACAAGGACAGUGAAAAAAAGGGAUUUAUAAAUAAAAUCUAUGCCAUCCAGGAGGUAUGCAUCAGUGUCCAGAACAUCCUAGAUGAAGUGGCUUCCUUUGGCGAAAGGAUAAAGAAUACUUUCAACUGGACCGUCCCAUUCUUAAGCUGGCUGGCUAUUGUAGCCCUCUGUAUGUUCACAGUCAUCCUGUACUUCAUUCCAUUGAGAUACAUUGUCCUUGUCUGGGGCAUCAAUAAAUUUACAAAAAAGCUACGGUGUCCCUAUGCAAUCGAUAACAAUGAACUACUUGACUUCCUUUCUAGAGUCCCUUCAGAUAUACAAGUGGUGCAAUACCAAGAACUGAAACCAGAUCCCUCUCAUAGCCCAUGUAAAAGGAAGAAAAACAAUCUUGGCUAGCUAGCUCCCGGCACUGAGAAGACCAGCAUCUGUUUGGGAAGAUAAAAGAAAAAGCCUUCAAGCCUCAGCAGUGUUUCCUUUCUUUCUGCUUUUUAUUUAUUUUGCCUUUUUAUCGUGGUGAAGAGAAUUUGUAAAUAGUGUACAAGGACAUUUGUCUUUGAAAAUGUACUUCCAUUUACAGAAUCAAUUUGAUAAAGGUUUAGUUAUUGCUGUGUGAAAGCCUUGUUAGGUGUGACUAAUAAUGUAACACAUUGGAACAACAUAUGUAAGAAUGGUUAACACUGGGAAAUACAAACUUCUCUAAUUACAAGUGGAAGGGGCAGAUCAGAUUAAGUGCUUAGCUAUGCUCUGAUUAAAUCUACGUAAAAUGUAAAUGUCCAUUUGAUUUUAGUUUUUUUUAAUGUGAUUUUUUUUAUCUGAAAGUAAUCCAUUACAAUUUUCUAUGUUUUAUACAUUUCAAAAGGGAGGGGGAGUCCCAAAACGUGAAUAAUGGAACAGGUGCAUUUCAAUUUAACAUAAAUUCUGACUUCAGAUCCCAAUGUUUAUUCCUGAGCAAAUAAUUUAGGCAUGACUAGGCUGAUUUUCAGCUAAUGAGUAAAAGUACAUUCACCCCUCAAAACAAUCUUCUACACUCUAAAAACCUACAAAGAAAACUUCCAGACCUUCUAUCAUUCCAUCUAAAACCUUAAAAUCUCUACAGGAUUACACAUAAAUACUGCCAGGUUUAUAAAUGAUUGCCUAUCUGAAUUUUUAUACCUACUAUUUUAAUUUGUACCAACUGAGCAAAUUAGCAAAAUUUCAGUAGUCAAACAUACUAGCAAACUAAAUCCACAUUGCUUUUGGUGUCAGAUUACACCUCUGUGAAUCUAAAAAUAUUUAAUACUCAAGUGUUCUCAGAGAAAAGUAUCUGCUUUCUCAUUAGGUUACUCAAAUGCUUUAAUGCCUACUAGGAUUUUUGUUAUUAAUGUGAAUUUUAAUGUAGAGGAGAAUGCAAUGUGCUAAGUGACAUGCCAGUGUUUCAUUACAUUCAUUUAUAGAAAUAAUCAUUCUUGAUAAUAUGAAUGCAUGAAAACUUAUUUUGUAAAAUAAACUGCUUAUGGGGAAGGGGAGUUUGCCUUUAAAAAUGUUUCACUACUUACUAUAGAAUCUAUACUUAAAAAUCGCAUUCUCAAGAUUUAUGGUAGUUUUUGUACCUAACUCCCUGUUAUAUCAAGGGAGCAUACCUCUGGAAAGAGAGAAUUUGGUGAGAAUGUCUUAUACUUCCCCAGACUUGGUAGGGGAUUAAGCUUGGUUGAAAUUGCUACAGUGUUUUGCACUAUUUUAUUAAUAAUAUACUGGGAUAGAGUGAAGGUGGGGGUUAUGCUGGAAAAUGUAGAAAAACCAGAAGCAAGAAAUAUAUAUUUCACUCUAGACUCUUUAAAAUAAAUUUAAUCUCAUCAAAGCUGAUUUUUAAAGUAUUUUUAUUUUAAAGCUAUGUUGUUAAAUACUAUUUCUUAUGAUAGAACUAUUUUAAUCUGUUUAUACACUAUGGUUGAAAGAAUGCCAAUUAAAUUCCCUUUCUACAGAAAGGCUUUGACCUCAAUAUGCUCUAUUUAGUGCAUCAUGUUUGUAAUGACAUGCUUAUAUCCACAUACCGUCACUGUUUCUUGCUAAGAUGUAAUAUUCCAUGAAGUUAAUGUAACUACAGAAAGUUUGAUAGGAUAAUUUGUUUGAAAUAACUUCUGAUUACAUCUUGUCUGAGAUUUAUGUUCCACGCCGACAGUGUCUACUCAAAUGUCUACAGGCCUGAUGUUCUACAACCUCAUGUACCUAAUAGAUAGUAACCAUUAACAGAUGGCUUAUUUCUGUUUCGUUCUAUGAAGUUUCACAUGUUUAGUUCGAUGGUAAUGUUGACUAUACAUUCACUGCAUUAAAUACAAAAAAAAACCCUUUUCUAAGUAUAAUCAGUACUCUUUUUCUUUUUUUUUAGUGGUUGAGAGAGGAAUAAUGGACGAUUGUGUGUAUAAUCUUAUUAAUGACACUUCUCUUAAACUCAUGUUUGGUUUGGACAAACAAGGCUUUCCCUGAAAACUUUUGACUGUUGUAGAAAACUUAAUACCUUAAAAGGCGUGACUAUCCAAUGAGGCUGAUGAGUAAGAACUAUCCUGAGACAUGAAAAUGAUAUUCAGAGGGCUCUUCAUUGCUUUUAAGAAACAACUAAAUUCACAGGUUGAAAACAAGAGGCUAGCUAAUAGAAUUUUAACUAUUUCUUUCUCCUGUGUGAGGGGUUUACAAAUCUAUUUAAUUUUAGUUUUGAGAGAUUUGCCAUGUAAGUAUUUCAAGAUACUUUACUUAACAGGCUGGAAGUCUAAUACCUAUUUGGACUGCUAAAUACAGUAGUCACAUGAACUGCUAAAUAUAUUCCUUAGUAUCUUAGUAAAUUCAUUGAAGGUCAUUCAUAUUCUAAACUAUGAUAAUUCAUAAGAAAUGCAUAUCUUAAAAUUUUUUCAUCUAUAAAAAGAACUUAGUACUUCUUGUUCAUUUUGGUACUGUUCCACAGACUCAAACUGAUAGAUUCUGUAGGGAUUCCAAAUUAUUUUUGAAGCAUUCCAUGCACAAGGAAGAUCUGAAAUGAUUCUUUAAAUGCCUCUGUGUUGUACUAUAGUUCUUGAGUAACUAUCCUGUCAUAAGCAACAGUCAAACCAAUGAUAGUAUAUUAAAAUCAAAUCUGGAACCAAAGUAUAGGGAGAGCAAAAUUUAACUGACGUAUUUCUUAAAGUAUCUUUUACAGAAUUUUAUCCUAUAUUUAAAAGUGAAUAUUCAAUAAGAAACUCUCUUAUCCAGGGACUAUAUUAACACCCCCACCCCCUCAUUUUGAUCUCAAUAUCCAAAUGACCCUAAUGCUCUUGUAUUAUCGAGUCAUAUUCAGAGGCUUUAAUUUCAGUUUAUACAUUUGUUAAAAUGUACCCAAAUGUUUAUUUUUGAGUUUUGUACUUAGCAUUACAAAGAAACCAAAAAAUAUAUAUAUAAGGUAGUUGAUGCUCCAGAAAUACAAGACAGGCACCAUUAUACUUCUUACAAAAGCCUCAGGUAUUAAAUUAAUGCAUAUUUAAAUUCUGAGACUUUAAAUGUCAACUGUAAGCGUGUGUGUGUGUGUGUGUAUGUGUACAGAUGCCUAUUAAUUUGUUUGAUUAGAGUAUCUAGAAUCAGCCUUUCUAAUUGCUCAGUCAAGUAUGAAUUAAAACCACAUAAAAAAUAAUGUAAUGAAUACUUACAAUAGUGUUGUUCCUUUCAAUUAUAAUUCUCUUUCCCAGGAUGACUGGUAUAACUCACUGAAAGAAAAAAAAAAACUUUUGGUUACCUCUUACACCUCAGUUUCUACAUUUGUACAGUGGCAUUCACAUCAUAAGACUUAUUACUACAGUUGAAUCUCUGAGAUUUUAGAAAUAUCAAGGAAAGUCUCCCAUUAUGUAAGACUAUCAUGCAAUUAACCAUUAAAUCCCAAAGUGGUUACAUGCUAUAAGAACAACACUGUGAAAGGUUUGCUAAAAUUUAAUUAUAUCUGCUUUUCCAAGGGGAUUUGGGUUAAGCGCAAACAAAAUAAAAAUAAAAAAUCAUCAUCAAAUA